AUGGCGCAAAAAAGAUCCAAACGUUCCACCGAAUCCAGUCUUGACUUCCUAAAUAAUAUCAAUACACCUUUCGUGAAUGCACAAGAUCUCAAAAGGCGCCGCACCAUUCACGGCGAUAUCUACGACAUUCCCGUUUCUCCCACGAACCAAUCUCCAAAGGUUGCUCAAACCGAGCCAAGGAAUACCAGUCGAUUGGACUUGAGAAACCGCCCAGCACCAGGGCUCGCACCACGCGAUUCUUCUCUCAUCGACUCCGACAAUGCAGAAGGCCAGGGCUCCAGCAAUGGCGAAUCCGAGCCAGAAGACAGCGAGUCCGGACCAGAUGGCAGCGAGCCUAUAUUAUAUCAAAAUAAACUCGACGGGAACGACGAGGAGAAAGGAAAUGAAGCUCUCGAAGAUCUGCCAAGUGAGGCCGAAGAGGAUCCAUUCCCUGAGCCGGUCGAUUUAUUCCCAGCCGAUGAGGCUCAGGUUGAAGAAUCCAGAGAUGAAUCCGACCGUAGAUCCGAAGACGAAUACAGUGAAUAUGAGGAUCAAGUAGGGAGUCAUGGUAGCAAUGAUUCCAGGGAUGCACACUAUGAUCAAUUUGGAGACGAAGGCAUCGAUGACAUUGAAGAAUCAGGAGACAACGACUCCCUGGUUGGUGUUCAAAAUCAUUCAACAUAUACCCAGAAAACCGUACGGCCGAAGGUCCCCGAGGUGCAAAUUUGCGCGACAAGUCAAAGUAAUCACUCGCGUAUAAGUCGCGGCUCAGCAGAUUCUCAAGAACUCCAAAAUUAUCCGUCGGGGCUUCAUGAAAUACUAGAGACACCAACGAUCCAGUCACCCUACCCAGAUCAAAGCCAUCAAAGCGCCCGCUCCGAUAUAUUCAGCUGGCUCACCGAGGCCACCAAGGAAUCUGGUUUCAAAGAAACCUGGGAUGCAAUCCGGGUAACAAGAAAAACAUUGAGAACCCAUGCGGAUUCCUCUAUGAAGGAGCGCUUCGGACAUAUCAUAAAGCUGAUUCAGCGACUCCGUGAUCACCUCGAGACGAUAGUUGACGACCCUGCUUCAGCUUCUUCCUCAAAACAUCAGUGCAACCUCCUAGCAAACAACAUUUUUAAAGAAGUCCAGUGGAUCCUCUAUACUGAAGCUCCAGAGGAUGAUGAUGAGGGUGCGCACCUGGUCAAUCAGCUCGAGGCUCAUAUAGUCCCCCGACUAAUUGAUCUGAUCAUACGUGGAUUCAAGACCUACAAGACUAUUAAUGAUCGGGGGGUGCGACAUUUCCGCAUCAUUCUGGAUUUGCUUUGGGGAUGCUGCGAUAAGAUAUUUUCACUUUCUCGGAUGCCCUAUGAUAUUAGUUUGAGUGUGAGGGCCUAUUCUAAAAAGAUAGUACAGCAUGUGAAGGUUAUCAAGGAUGCACUAAACGAUGGUAGGCUGCGUGAGACAGCCACCCGCAUCCCUCGACGGCCUCAAACAUACAAGCAUUUUGUCCUGGACGAGCUCGAUGGACAUAUUUCUUGUGGGCGGUGGACAUUUGCCGAGAGGAAGGCGCUUCGUGAUGGCCUACACUUAUAUGAAGGGGAAGAUAGAUUUAUUGAUAUCAAAUGCGACAAUAUAAUCGGCCCCCAACUGUCCGAGCGCAUCGUCCAAGAUGUCCAAAAUCAGACUAUCAAACUCAACUUGGAUCCUGCAUGA